AUGUCUGUUAUUCCUCUUACUGGCACACCUGUAGGGCUCGAGAUCCCUGCCAAGGACGUGGAUCGCGGAGCUGCAUUUUACAAGACGGUCUUCAACUGGACUUUUGCUACCUCAACUCUGGGUUUUCCCGCGCACAAGCUUCAAACCUUCGAAGUCCCAGGCGGCAUUUUCCCCCUCGGAGGUGCCAUGCGCCUGGAGGAAGAAAUCCCAGCCGGCACGGGCGCUACCAAAUUAUACCUCUACGUGGAUGACAUUGGUGCUGCCAUGGAGGCUAUUGAAAAGAAUGGCGGCAAGAAGGCGAGCGAGAUUAUUCCCGAAGGCAACAAGGGGCUGUUCCAGUAUUUCGAGGAUAGUGAGAGCAACAACUUUGCGAUCUACACUUACAAGUGA